UUUAAUAUGAUUUACGUCAGUGGUUGUUAUAGAAUGUAAUUUGGUCUAUUUAUUUGAUUAAACACAUGUUAAUACGUUUUAGCCUGUGAGUUAGCUAUAGUUCAAACAAAGGUGAAAGUUCGCAUUAGUGGGAGGGGUCUGUUUGUGAUUGAAUAACAUUGUCCUACAGACACUAGCCCGUUAAGCAAGCUGGCAACGUCAUUUCUCUAGCAAAGUCAGAUAUUUACAGUUUCGGACAGUCAUGGCAUUCAGUAAUCUUACUAGCAGUCUUUCUUAAAAUCGUGCGUAACAGUGUAGUAUAUUUCACCAUGGCUGCGUUGCUGUUGCAGCUGAACGGCAGAUCGUGCAGAAAUAUUAGGAGUAGGUCCAUUUGGACCUUUUCGCCGAGCAACAAAAGCCGGCACUUUGGGAGUGUGAAUGCUUUUAGGAGCAGCAGGAAAACAGUGCAACGUUUGGCACAGGAAUCUAUCUGUGAAAACUGCAAACUUUCCAGAGAUUUAGUUUUUUUACGACCGUAUUCAAAACAACAACUUCAUGGCGUCAACACUGGAAUUAUACAGCAAGUUCUCUACCGACCACUAAGCCCUAGACUGCUAGGCGUGAGCAAAACGUUAUUUAGAAACCAACUGAUCAAAAAUCCAGUUGGACUGUGGAAUAUUUUAGGCGCCACAAAACAUUUCAGCACUUCCCAGUGUAAACAAGACAAAAACAAGAGUGAUGGCCCCAAAGGGAAAACCCCCGAGGAAGAGGAAGAGGAUAAGAAACGGCGGGAGCGGGAGGACCAGAUGUACCGGGAGCGGCUGCGCAUGCUCUUCAUCAUCGCCCUCAUCAUGAGCCUGCUCAACACUAUCAACAGCAGCGGCGGCAACAUCUCCUGGAACGACUUUGUCAACGAGAUGCUGGCCAAGGGGGAGGUGGCGCGGGUGCAGGUGGUGCCGGAGAGCGACAUCGUGGAGAUCUACCUGCACCCUGGGGCCAUCAUUUUCGGCAGGCCUAGGCUGGCCCUCAUGUACCGCAUGCAGGUGGCCAACAUCGACAAGUUCGAGGAGAAGCUGCGGGCGGCGGAGGAGGAGCUCAACAUCAGCUACAAGGACAGGAUCCCUGUGUCCUACAAGCGCACUGGCUUCUUUGGGAAUGCUCUGUAUGCACUGGGCAUGGCGGCCAUUGGAGUGGCCGUCUUGUGGUACAUCUUUCGCCUGUCAGGCAUGGGUGGCAGAGAGGGGGGAUUCAGCGCAUUCAACCAGCUGAAAAUGGCCCGCUUCACCAUCGUGGAUGGGAAGUCCGGCAAAGGCGUGAGCUUCAAGGAUGUGGCGGGGAUGCACGAGGCCAAGAUGGAGGUGAAGGAGUUCGUUGACUACCUGAAGAACCCAGACAGGUACCUCCAGCUGGGUGCCAAAGUGCCAAAGGGCUCCCUCCUGUUGGGGCCCCCUGGCUGUGGCAAGACUCUGCUGGCAAAGGCCGUUGCCACCGAGGCCCAGGUUCCCUUCCUGGCUAUGGCAGGGUCAGAGUUUGUGGAAGUCAUUGGGGGGCUUGGCGCUGCCAGGGUGAGAAGCCUGUUCAAGGAGGCUCGCGCCCGUGCCCCCUGCAUCGUCUACAUCGACGAGAUCGAUGCCGUGGGGAAGAAGCGCUCCAACAACAUGUCGGGUUUCUCCAACACCGAGGAGGAGCAGACGCUCAAUCAGCUGCUGGUGGAGAUGGAUGGGAUGGGAACCACAGAUCACGUGAUUGUCCUGGCUUCCACGAACCGGGCGGACAUUUUAGACAAUGCCCUGAUGAGGCCAGGGAGGUUGGACAGACACAUUUUCAUCGACCUCCCCACCCUACAGGAGAGGAGAGAGAUCUUCGAGCAGCACCUGAAGAUCUUGAAGCUGACCCAGCCUGCCAGCUUCUACUCGCUACGCCUGGCUGAGCUCACCCCGGGGUUCAGCGGCGCCGACAUCGCCAACAUCUGCAACGAAGCCGCGCUGCACGCUGCCAGAGAGGGCUUCAAGUCCAUCCACACCUUCAGCUUCGAGUACGCCGUGGAGAGGGUGAUUGCAGGGAGCGUGAAAAAGAGCAAGAUCCUGUCCAAAGAGGAGCAGAGGGUGGUGGCGUUCCAUGAGUCAGGGCACGCCCUGGUGGGCUGGCUACUGGAGCACACAGAGGCUGUGAUGAAGGUGUCCAUCGCGCCCCGCACCAACGCCGCCCUCGGCUUUGCCCAGAUCCUGCCCAGAGACCAGUACCUCUUCACCAAAGAGCAGCUGUUUGAGAGGAUGUGCAUGGCUCUGGGCGGACGAGCCGCUGAGGCCAUCACCUUCAACAAGGUCACCACAGGUGCCCAGGACGAUCUGCGGAAGGUGACGCGCGUGGCCUACUCCAUGGUGAAGCAGUACGGCAUGGUGCCCAGCGUGGGCCAGGUGUCAUUCCCGGACACGGAGGAAGAGGGCGCCAUCGGACGGCGGCCCUUCAGUCAGGGCCUCCAGCAGCAGAUGGAUCAUGAGGCGAAGAUGCUGAUUGCCCGCGCGUACAGGCACACAGAGAAACUGUUACUGGAUAACAGAGACAAACUGAUACUAUUGGCCAAUGCGCUUCUGGAGCGGGAGGUGGUGAACUACGACGACAUAGAGGCCCUGCUGGGCCCCCCGCCUCACGGGCCCAAAAAGAUGAUCGCCCCGCAGAGCUGGAUCGAGGCAGAGAAGGACAAGCAGGACACGGGGGAGGAUGAGACGCCCAAGCCCAGACGCCCCCCUCCCAAGGAGGAGGAUGAGGACCUGAGCCUAAGGCCUGCCUAAUCAGUCCCGCAGCUCCCAGCAGCCCCUGCGGGUCUCUGUAGCUGCCCACAGGGCCUGUAGAAACUCUAAACGUGUGACCCUAUAGGUUUGCAGUGUGGUUGGAUAUUCGCUGGUAUAAAGAGCGGCUGUGACAUGGCCUGAUAGGCUGCCCAUCCCUGCUUCUGUGCUCUGUUUGGAGAUUUCCUGUAGGCAGAGCUCGACAGAGCUGUUAACCCUUUAUGGCCCAAGUCCUGCAUCGCCAGGACGUGAAUGUACUCAGUUGUAUGUGUUAAGUUUUAAAUAGUUUUCUCUGAGCUGCUUGUAUUCCAAGGGAUCAUGUUAGACACCGAAAUAAAGCCUGGUGUUGCGGCCCAUAUCAGACAAGGAACUGCAAGGUAAAGGCGUGAAAAACGAGACCUGCUCUGCACCUACCCAAAUAUUUACAGUCGGGACAAAUUUACUCUGCGACAGGCACGGGUGGUCAGAGAAGAAGCCAACAAGAGUGCUCACCCAGAUGGGCACUUUUGUAAAAUUAAUUUAAAUAAUUUAACUA